AUGGCAAACCCUCCCCACGGUGGUGUCCUCAAGGACUUGGUCGCGCGUGAUGCCCCGCGCCAUGAUCAGCUUGAAGCUGAGGCUGGCACUUUGCCUGCCAUUCUCCUCACUGAACGUCAAUUGUGCGAUCUGGAAUUGAUCAUGAACGGAGGCUUCAGUCCUUUGGAGGGCUUCAUGAACGAAAAAGACUACAAUGGCGUCGUGGCUGAUUCUCGCCUCGCCGAUGGCAACCUUUUCACCAUGCCCAUUACUCUCGAUGUUUCGGGACAGACUGUGCAAGAGCUGAGCCUCAAGGCUGGCAGCCGUAUCACUCUGCGCGAUUUCCGCGAUGACCGCAACCUGGCCAUUCUCACCAUUGACGAUGUCUAUCGCCCAGACAAGACCAAAGAAGCACAGCUUGUUUUCGGCGGCGAUGAAGAGCACCCUGCUAUUAAGUACCUGAACGAGUCCGUCCAGGAAUUCUACAUUGGUGGAAAGGUUGAGGCUGUCAACAAGCUCAACCACUACGACUACGUUGCCCUGCGAUUCACCCCCUCCGAGCUGCGCACCCACUUUGACAAACUCGGCUGGACUCGUGUUGUCGCUUUCCAGACCCGUAACCCCAUGCACAGAGCUCACCGUGAGCUGACUGUCCGCGCUGCCCGCGCCCGCCAGGCCAAUGUGCUCAUCCACCCCGUCGUCGGUCUCACCAAGCCCGGUGACAUUGACCACUUCACUCGUGUCCGUGUCUACCAGGCCCUGCUCCCCCGCUACCCCAACGGAAUGGCUGUCCUUGGUCUUUUGCCUCUGGCUAUGCGUAUGGGUGGUCCUCGCGAGGCCAUCUGGCACGCCAUCAUCCGAAAGAACCACGGUGCUACCCACUUUAUCGUCGGUCGUGACCACGCUGGUCCCGGUAAGAACUCCAAGGGUGUUGAGUUCUACGGCCCCUACGACGCCCAGCACGCCGUCGAGAAGUACCGCGCCGAGCUCGGAAUCGAAGUUGUCGAAUUCCAACAGGUCACCUACCUGCCCGAUACCGACGAGUACAAGCCCGUCGACCAGGUCGCUGCCGGCACCAAGACCCUGGACAUCUCCGGCACUGAGCUCCGCAAGCGUCUCCGCAGCGGUGCCCACAUCCCCGAGUGGUUCUCGUACCCCGAAGUCAUUAAGGUGCUGCGCGAGUCCAACCGACCUCGCGCAUCUCAGGGUUUCACUGUCUUCUUGACCGGUUACCAGAACUCGGGCAAGGACGCCAUUGCCCGUGCCCUCCAGGUUACCCUGAACCAGCAAGGUGGCCGUUCCGUGUCCCUGCUUCUGGGAGACACCGUCCGCCACGAGCUGUCGUCUGAGCUUGGCUUCAGCCGCGAAGACCGCCACACCAACAUCCAGCGCAUCGCUUUUGUCGCCGCCGAGCUGACCAAGGCCGGCGCCGCCGUGAUCGCGGCCCCCAUCGCCCCUUACGAGGAGUCGCGUAAGGUCGCCCGCGACACCAUCUCGCAAAACGGAUCUUUCUUCCUUAUCCACGUGGCCACCCCGCUCGAGUACUGCGAGAGCACCGACAAGCGCGGCGUGUACGCCAGCGCCCGCCGCGGCGAGAUCAAGGGCUUCACUGGUGUCGACGACCCUUACGAGGCCCCCAGCAACGCGGACCUCGUUGUCAGCGUUGAGAAGCAGAGCGUGCGCAGCAUCGUCCACGAAAUCGUUCUCAUCCUCGAGAGCCAGGGUUUCCUUGACCGUUCUUAA